AUGUCAGUUAAUGUUACGUGGCCAUCGGAUUCGCAAUCUUUCGUUCCUUCGAAGGUUUAUGUGAGCCCAAGAAAGCUCACCUUCAAGCAAGCGCCAAUUGAAAUUACAGAAACUAUCCCGCAAGAUUUACCAAUCCCCUACUUUACUUUAAACAACGAAAAGUACAUACUAUUGAAGACGCUAGCAGGGUUUUGGUACUACCCUUCACCUCACCAAUUGAUUGGAAAAUUGAAAAAAUGCUUCAAAAAUUCAAAGAACGUUGUUAAGUAUACCAACGGUGAACUUAACAAAGCCCUCCUAGAGGCUAGUUUGAUUUCCACGCUGGACUUGAAGUUUAAAUUAUCAUACAUAGACGCUAAUUGGAUGUUCAAUGCUUUGGAAAACUCCACUGUUCUCACAGAAACUGAUGCUGUGGGGGCCAAGUCAUUUGAUGAAGUGAGAGACUUUGUCAUGGGUACUUUCCAAAGACGUAGAGCCAAGUUACAAAGUGGACAGAAAGGAGACGGUGCAACGGAGGAUUCUGAAUUCAAAAUCACAGUGAAUCAAGUAUUCCCGCAGUAUGGAGGUGGGGUAAAUGGCACUGCAGCAGUAGAUUUCAACCAUUCAGUGUUCAAUUCGCUAACCAAUACUCUGAAGUUCAACUACUACAGCUCCAAUCCUUCGUUCAGUAAGUUCUUACCCAGUACUAAAAUGAGCAUGAGUGAACUAGAUAUGAUGAUUAAAGAGAAUGAUCAUGGCGAAGUUGAUAUAACAACUACUGCUGCUGCUUUAGCAGAGGCUGAGCAAAACGAGGUGGACGAUUCUUUAGCUCCUUCAACUUCGGCAAGUGGAGAACCAACUUCAAGUGCUGGUACUGGUACCGGUGCUGGACCUAGUACUGGCUCGAAGAGAGGCUUCCAACCAUCUUCGUCAACUUCAGAUGCUCCUAAGAGAAGAAAGCCUAUUGGCCGUUCUAAAAAGUAUAACACGAAUAUUGAUCCAAAUACUAUCGAUUUAACCGAGUCACUUAUCCCAGGUCAAGGAUUUAUCCAAGAAUUCAAUAUCAACCAUUUGUGUAAGGUUCCAAAUUACUAUAUGACAACUAAUACUAUGACUGCAAACAAUCUUCCAGGGGGCACUUCUUUGACCACUCCGGGUGCUCUGCAAUCGCUGUCCUCAACUCCAUUGCAACUCACAAACGGCAACACUCCAACUGGUGCUGCAGUUAGUACACCACCUCUUAAAAAGUCUGUUUCUGCGCUCUUUGGAGGCUCUUCGUUUUAUACAGACACUUCCAAGCUUGCCAAGAACGUGCAACUGUUAUUGGUUAACGCCGACCAAAUGUCCGAUAACUCGAUAUCGAGAUACUAUUAUACAAUGUCCUAUAGGGGUCCUGGAAGUGGUAACUAUAAAGAUGCUGCUCUUAUUAAUAAAAUCAAUAAAAUUCCCACCACUAGCACUCUUCAUCCUCAAAGGUCAUUAAAAUUGCCACAUAAAACUGCUGAGCAUGUUGCUAAUAAAAAAUUGAAUUCUUCAUCUAAAUUCAAUUCCUCGUUGAAGGGAUUUGUCCACGAUUCUUUUACAAAGGAGUUAAUAGAUGACACUCUUACCAAACAGGCAUCUUUCGUGGCGGACUGUUCAAACCUUGAAAUAUUACAUAAUAAUCUUCAAUUUAAUGUUUUAUUAAAUGCUUACAGAGAAAUCUCAGAAGAUACUUGGGACAAUUACUACAAAUUCAAAUUAAUUGAUUUUGAGCAAUUGGGUAUGAAUCAACGCGAAAAGGCUAAAUUGGAAGCUUAUAAUGCUGCAGUAGAGGCUGCCAAAAGAGCUCAGGCUGAAGCCGCUAAGAAAACUGAAGAGGAAGCUGCUGAAAUCGCAAAGGAAGUCCAAGAAAUUCGUGAAGCACACGCUGCAGCUGUUGCUGAAGCUGAAGAAAAUGAUACUUCUCCGCCACCCUCUCCUGAACUUCCAGAGGCACCGAAACCAAUACAACCUAAGAGUGUCAUCAUACCACCUGAACCACCCAAGUUCCGCUUCAGUUCUAGAUUUGAUAAACCAAAUUCACAUCCAGAAGUCAUUAAGAAGUUUCCUUUGGAGCUUAGAGAUCUUGACAGAAAGGAAAAUUACACUGGUACUACGUAUGAUGAAAUUCCUUCCAUAAAGGAUGUGCUAGAUAUAAGGUUAACUUCCCCCGAUUUGGUAAACCCACAUUUACUUACUCAAAUUGAGGUUGUUAAAAUUCCUAAUGCAAAUUGUCUUGGAUGGGAUAAUAUUAAGAAAUAUAGGGAUUAG